GUAUUCGCUACGGAUUUGAGAAAGCGUAGAGAGCAAGCCCCCACCCCACCCUUGAAUGGCUCCAAAGCAGCCAGCCCAGCCGUAGCCACCAUCUGUGUCGCUUUCCCUUUCCUCCCCUCGCCGUAGUACCACCACCUCCUUCUCGCCACGCCCAUCUCCGCCUGCGCCUCCCUCCCCAGAAGCUAGCACCCAAAACCCAAACCCUAACAGCCGCCCCUCCCCUCAGCGGCGCGCCAGAUCGGCUGCCGCGGCCCCGGAUCCAAUGCCGCGGCUGCCGUAGAGCGGGGCGGCUCGGGCGCGGUCGAUCUGAGGCGGCGGUGGCGGGGAGGGGAUGUCGUCCGCGCCGGCGCCGGGGGCGGCGUUCGAGAGGUACCAGCGAGGUGGCGGCGCCGCGGCAGCUAGCGGCAACACGGUUUUCAAGAGUGGGCCUCUCUUCAUAUCAUCCAAAGGAAUUGGAUGGAAAUCAUGGAAAAAACGUUGGUUCAUCCUCACACGAACAUCAUUAGUUUUCUUCAAGAGUGAUCCUAGUACCUUGCCCCAGAGAGGUGGUGAAGUGAAUGCUACUCUAGGAGGGAUUGAUUUGAAUAAUUCUGGGAGUGUGGUAGUCAGAGAAGAUAAGAAGUUGUUGACCGUCCUUUUCCCAGAUGGCCGUGAUGGUCGUGCGUUCACCCUUAAGGCAGAAACCUUUGAAGAUUUAUUUGAGUGGAAAACAGCAUUAGAAGAAGCUCUUGCACAAGCUCCAAAUGCAGCUCUUGUGAUGGGACAUAAUGGGAUAUUUCGUAAUGACACGGCUGACACAUAUGAAGGAGCUAUUCCAAAUUGGAGAGAGAAGAGGCCAAUCAAGUCAUUGGUAACAGGCAGGCCAAUUCUGCUUGCACUUGAGGAUAUUGAUGGCAGCCCUUCUUUUUUAGAAAAAGCCCUGCACUUUCUUGAGAAACAUGGGAUAAAAGUGGAAGGGAUUUUGCGUCAGGCUGCAGAUGUGGAAGAGGUUGACAGGAGAUUGCAGGAAUAUGAGCAAGGAAGGACUGAGUUUUCAGCAGAUGAGGAUGCUCACAUUGUCGGUGACUGUGUAAAGCAUGUUCUCCGAGAGCUACCAUCAUCCCCAGUGCCUGCUUCUUGCUGUACAGCAUUAUUGGAAGCUUUUCGUCUGGAGUCUAAGGAUGCUAGGAUAAAUGCUAUGCGUUCAGCUAUAUAUGAGACAUUUCCUGAGCCCAAUCGGCGGUUACUGCAGAGAAUUUUGAAAAUGAUGCACACUAUUGCCUCUCACACUUCUGAAAAUCGGAUGACCGCAUCAGCGGUUGCUGCAUGUAUGGCACCUCUUCUGUUGCGUCCACUUCUGGCUGGUGAAUGUGAGAUGGAUGAGGUAUUUGAUAUGGAUGGUGACGAUUCUGCUCAGCUUCUUGCUGCAGCAAAUGCUGCUAACAGCGCUCAAGGCAUUGUCACAACUCUCUUAGAGGAAUAUGAGGGUAUAUUUGAUGACAAACACCUCAGAUGUUCCUUGUCACCGGAGUCUCAUAUUGAAGAUAGUGGUACUGAAGCAUCAACUGAUGAUGGGAACUUGGAUGCCAAGGGUAACGGAUUUCAUGAUGCAGAAAAUGAUGUAGAUCAAGAAAUGGAUGAUGACAAUGGUGCAGAACGUGUACUUAGUGGGAAAUUGAGUGAGAGCAGUGGAUAUGCUGGCAGUGACCUCUAUGACUAUAAGGCUGUCAAUGCUGAUGAAUCAGAUGCUGAACUCUCUGUAGAGGUGUUGGAAGGAAAUGUGGAUUUGAGCAAAGUACAAAAUAGUUGUUCGACUGAAAAUGGUUCAGCAAAUGCGGACGCAUUACUCAGUGACAACAACCCUUCUAAUCUAACAUCUGGUCAUGAGACUCCAUUGUCUAUGGGAGAUAUCCUUUCUUCAUUUGAACCUGGAAUUUCUGUACCUAGUCAAAGUUCUGAAUAUUCUGUAGAGAGACAGUCAAACAAAAUUAAUGGAUCUCACCCGCAUGUGAAGCGCAGUAACUUUUGGGGGCGGAAUAAUGCAAGAAAGAGCCAACAUUCGGAAUCAGUCGAUUCAUCUGGCGAAGAAGAGCUUGCUAUUCAAAGGCUUGAGAUUGCAAAGAAUGAUCUGCAAAACAGAAUUGCCAAAGAGGCUAGGGGCAAUGCAAUUCUACAGGCAAGUUUGGAAAGAAGAAAACAAGCACUACAUGAACGCCGUUUGGCUCUGGAACAGGAUGUGUCCAGGUUGCAAGAACAGCUACAAGCUGAGAGGGAUCUUCGAGCUGCAUUGGAGGUUGGCUUGAGCAUGUCUUCUGGACAGUUUUCAAGUGCAUGUUCUAUGGACGUGAAGACAAGGGCAGAGCUUGAGGAGAUUGCUCUUGCUGAAGCUGAUGUUGCAAGGUUAAAACAGAAGGUUUCGGAGCUUCACCUCCAACUCAAUCAACAACGCCAACACCAGUAUGGCUCUGCAGUGGAUGCAAAUGAUCAUCAUCACUGUCUUCCUGGUCACUUCUUGCAGCAAAAUUUUGUUCAACAAGGAUUUGACAUGAACCUUGCUUUCUGCAAUCAAGAGAAGCAGAGAUACGAGCAGGAGAGUUCAGUGGAUUCAUCACAAUGGAGAAACAUCAAGCAACACGUGCUACCUUAUGGUUGUUCAAGGCCACUUACCCGUAAGCUUUCAUUUGAUGCCUCUUCGAGUGUAGGAGGCACAGAAGCCUCAACAAGCAUGUCUACAGAGAACACUUCUGUGACCAUCAAUGUCCCAAAGUUAGCCGAGGGCAUUGAAUAUGGGAGGCAACCAAUGAUGGCAUCCUCCACUUUGGUAGAACUAACAACUAGACUAGAUUUCUUCAAAGAGCGGAGGUCGCAGCUAAUGGAACAACUCCAUAGCCUUGAUUUAGGACAUGGAUCUGCUCCUCAGGGUUUUCCAUACAAGCCACCCUCUCCUUGGAACAACCCAAGGUAGGAUGAUCAUUCAAUUCCAUGAUUGUAUAUUCUCAGUAGUGGUUCUUUUCUCCCCGGCUGUCAAUUGUAGAAAACUGCCUCUGCGAGUGUAAAUCUAUUUUGUUCUUCAAUAUGAUUUCGCCGUUUUGUUGUUGCAUCAGAAUAGCUUCUUGAGUGGGGUGUGAUGUUGUAGUCUUCUGUAUGUAAUGUGUCAUGGAGGUGCCAUUUAGACGAGUUUUUCCAGCGUUGUCGCGGUGUAUAUGUAUUUUAUGGAGGUUUUAUAGAAACUAGAGGUUGAGACCUUGUAUGGCCGUUUGAUUCA